AUGAAUAAAUAUCGCUUUAGAAGCGAUUACUUCUUGGAAUCGGUAAAGAAUGGCAUAGUUUUGCAAUCAAUGGCUUUCGACUUCUCGUCCAAUACUUCGCAAAUAUCGGUGAAAUCAAUGCCAGACUUUUGUUCAUAUGAUGUCUCGGUCUGUAUUUGUUCCUUCAAACGGACCCAUCAUUUGCCACAAAUACUGGACUCUCUAUGGAAUGGACAGACAUUUAAAGGAAAUGUUGAGAUCAUUGUCUGGAAUAACAACUCUUCUCGUAGUCAUACUGUGUCUGAAAUAUGCGACAAAUAUAUCGUUCAAUCAAAUGAACAAAAAUCGCUGCAAUUAAUCAAUUCGUCGAAAAACUAUUUCUGUGCCGUAAGACUAGCGAUGCCUCAACUCAUGCAAAGUCAACGCCUAUUGAUUUGCGACGACGACUGUAUACCCGGUCCUGAGUUUAUCGACUUCUUUGUCUCCAAACACAACACAUAUCCGGAAGACGUGCUCUGUUUGAGAGGACACCUGUUUUUGGAGCACAAACUCAAUGAACAAAAUCCGUCAAACUUUUGGUUAGAUUACGAGAAUCUGAGGUUUGUUUCGGACGAAAGACCGGAACAGUUGGUGCACUUCAUUCACGCAGACGUUUGUCUAAUCACUAAACAGGCCCUCCAGGAGUGCUCUUCAAUACCUGUUCCCGACUCCAGCUAUGCAUUGGUUGACGACUAUUGGAUGAGUUAUGUCUUAAAUCACAAAUUCAAUCGUAAACUCAGAAAACUGACCACAAGUGGUGUUCCCGAAGAUUAUAUCAUUAAAAGGACUGAAGACUCGGAUAAGAUUGGAUUAGCUCUCUAUACAAGACCUGAAGUAAUACAAACUAAAGUGAGAGUAUAUAUCCAUCAUAUGCUUCAGGGAUGGCCUCAUUGGGAGAGUAAUGAUGAAAACAUCACUCAAUUGGAUGAGAAAGCGAUGAAAGUAUUGACUGAAAAUAAGAAGCAUUUUUGGGAUCAAUUGUUUGUUGGAUUCAAUAUUUCAUCGGAAAUAAGUGCAGAAAGUGUUGAAGUUUUGGCUGAAAUGGGAGUGAAAUGUGUGAGAAUAGGAGCCGUGGGUUUGGGCGAUAAAGUCGACUAUGAAUUCAAGGCAUUCCUCAACGAUAAGGACGAAGAGAUGAAACGAUUGAAACAAACAAUAUCUCUAUUGAAAUCAAAGGGUAUUCGCGUUGUUCUCACUCUUAAGAAAGAGUUGUCUUCUCCAGAGAUUUGGGAAUUCAUUGCAAAGAACUUGUAUUCAGAGGAAUAUGUGGUCGCAUAUGAUCUCAUUAAUGAGCCCUUCACUCCAUUGGAGAGUCAAUACGUGUUUGAAGACAAUGAUCCGGGAAUGUCUGAACUUAUGGUGAAUUAUACGGAAAUGAUUGAAUCAAUUCGUUUGGUCGACAAAAUGACACCAAUUAUAAUAGAGUCGAGUUAUUGGGCUAAUGUCGACACUCUCUCCAACUUAUCGAUUGACAAACUGAUUGAAAUGGACGACAAUAUAAUGGUUUCGUUUCAUUUCUAUGAUCCGCAACUUCUCACUCAAAGACGACGAAAUCAAAACCGCUAUUCAUUUCCCUCACAAAUACCUGACUUUGAAAACAUAAAGUGGCCUAAAAUGACUACAAUUGACGGCAACUUUAUUGACGCUAAAUUUUUGUCUGCCAUUCAAUGGUCGCAAAAAUUUAAUGUCAAACUAGUUUUGGGUGAGUUUGGUAUCAGUCGAGAGGUGUCGGGCGCUCAUCAAUACUUGGACUCAAUUAUGAAGGCAUGCAAAACAUAUGCCAUCUCUUCAUUCAUCUAUAGUUUCAGAGAUGAAGAAUGGGAUUCAAUGGACUACGAGUUGGAAACUGAUGUCUCGACCGGAUCUCUCAAACAAGAAUUGUCUCAAAAUAUAUUAAUGCAAACCAUUAUAAAUGGCAUUCGAGAUAAUGUCAACUAAAGUUACAUUGGUUAAUUCGAUUUAUUAUUGAUCUUAAA